AUGAAAACAUUUACUUUAUGUUUAAAGAUUUUUACAUUUCUUAUUUUAACUUGGAUUUUUCAUUGCUUUUACAAUCAUAAUUCCAGUAGUUCUUUUAUUAAUAAAGAUACAUUUAAAAUAAAUAACAGGUUGAAAUAUCAAAGAUUGUUAGCAGAGACUGAUGUACUUGAAAAAAAACAGAUACAUAUAAAAGAACGUAAAGAAUAUUAUCCAUCUGGUGAAAAAGAUAACAAGGAUGAAAAUCUGGUUAAUUUCAAGAAUAUAUAUAUUAUGUUGUAUAGUGCUUUAUUUCUAUCAAUAUAUGAAUUGUUUUCUAAAAGAACUAAUUAUAUGAGUAAAGAAUGUUAUCUUCAAUCAUUAGUUUUUUAUAGGAAAAAUAUUUCAUAUGAGCGUCAUUUGGAAGAAUUACUUAUUUAA